AUGGCUGAAGAAGAGUUUAAGUACAAGACUCCAGAAGAAAUUGCUGCUCUGCCCGUGUUUCCCGAGCCUGAACAAACGGAUGGUGGUAGUUUCCUUGGGGAUGGUCAGGGCUACGUUUAUUUUAUAACCGAAAGUGGAAACACCAAUUAUUUCAAGGUCGGCAAGACCGUGGAUCCGAACACUCGCCGUAUGAAUCUUCAGACGGGGAGUCCUCGGAGGUUGGAUAUGAGCCCAGUGUGUGUGUCUAGCAUGGCAAGUGCCGAGGCACGUGUACUGCAGGUCAUGAGAGAGAAUUACCAAUCAACAGAUGGUGGGACCGAGUGGUUCUACGGAAAUGUGGCACAGGCGAAGAGGCUUUUCAUGAGCACUGUGUGA